AUGGCUGGCGCAUUGUCACGAAUUGGACGUCACUUGCACCAUCAUGAAAAGGAGAGCAUGUUGACGGAUGGCCACCGUAUUCUUGCCGUCAAUACUUGGAUGCCUCUCGACGUACCUGCAAUCGACCGGCCUUUGGUGAUCGGAGACCGGCGGACCUUUCUGCAGGUCGACGUGAUCCCGGCCGACCAAGUGUUUAUUGAUUUUCUGGACGAGUACUCUCACCCAAGACCGAAUGAGGGGCAACAAUGGUACUGGCUCGACCAGCAGGAGCCGGGAGAGAUGACUCUUUUCUGCAGUUUUGAUUCGUCUGUUCCAGGGGAUGUGGGAGCUUACCCGCACGGCACAUUCCAUAACCCUCGUGUUGCCUUUGAGUCUCCCCGUCGCAAGAGUGAUGAGACUUGGUCAAUCAUCUUCCUACCAGGCGGGAACAUGCCUAAAAAGAAUGAGCUGUAUGGACUUGGGAAUUCUUGCCCUCUGUGA